UAUCUACCUAAACUUUGUCUGCGAGCGCAAGAAAGCCAAAAUCCUCUUCCUCGCAGCUCUCGCUACACAAGAGUAGACAUGCAGCGGAUUCUCCUGUUUUAGGAGUUUCUGGGUCGACUGCAUAUUUCUUCAAUUUGGGGGAAAAUCUUGUCGACGGGCCGCGGCCGCAAUGGUGUGGGAGAAGGAAUUUGUGAGCCGAGGAGGGGAAAUGUUGAAAUGGGUAGUCUGUUGAGUCAAGAAAAAUUGCCGCUAGGGUUUCUGAUUCAGCAUUCCGUUCCAAGAAAAAGAGAUGGAAUUGUAAACCUGCUGUCGUUGGAAGUUGCUUGAUCGAUUCGAGAAAAAUCUUGGUUUGACCUGGGAGAAAACCAAGGGGGCUGAUUCUGCUUGAUCAUAUUUGAGGUCGAUUAAUUGAUGGGGUGUUCUUGAAUCAGAAGAAACGAAUUGGCGGUUGGUUGGAUUUGAUUGAAGAGAUUGAGAAAUUGAUUAAAGUUUGGGUUUUGGGACCAUGGCUGUGGGGUGGAGUAUGACGCUUUGGGUGGCAAGGUUCAUAUGGAUGGCGUUGAGUGGUUGGGUGGUUUCUUGUCUGACUGUGGCUGAUGAAAUUGCAGGCUCCUUGCGGACAGGAGAUAUCGGUGCAUUCCAUGUCGGUUGAUUCCAUGAAAUUUUGUACAUCAGAACUCUGUACAGGCUCUGGUUCACUCCAGGGAAUUUUUACUUUUCUUUUUCGUUUUAUGUGUUUUAAUUUUUGGUUUCCCUUUUGAAAGAGUUGAGCUUUAUAGAGCUUUUUCUUUUAUGUUGAUGGUGUGAAUAGUAAAUGAAUGAUAGUUUGUUUGAAUUUCAGUUGCUUGAA